GCUAAAAAAGUUAAAAGUAAAAAACACACCGAACGUUUUCGACAGUAGGUCAUCUUCAGGGUACGUAGGGGUAAGUCUCAGGGUAAGUCCUCACUUACCCUGAAGAUGACCUCAGGUGUCCAAAAUGUUCGGUGUGUUUUUCACUUUUAACUUUGUUAGCCUUGUAAAUAGAAAUUAUACACCUGUUAGUUUUGCAUUUUCUUGAGACGUUGAUACUUAAGACAUCCUACAUGUCUUCGUGCAUUUCAUGUCUCUUACUACAUGUAUGGACAGCCAUGGUAGUAUGUCAAAUCUCCAGCCGUGAGAUGUCAUCAGUUGAUAUCUUUUUCCCUUUUCUUCUUCCAUAUAUAGGGCGACAAUGAGCUCUUGGGUAAAAAUUCUUUCAGUGAUUGUCAUUUGUCUUUGUGUUAUUCACCUGCGAGCUACUUCAGCGAUUGGAAACGAGUCCACCCCUGACAAUGAAGACGGAGUCGACGAGGACAAGCUACACAUGCCAGAGAAAGAUCUGAUAAUAGGCUGGAUUGAGAAGCCUCCAUACACAACAUCACCCACCAAUGAAUCGAUAGACGACGAAGUCCAUGGUAUGCUCAGAGACGUACUCUUGCGGUACAUAACAAUGGAAUGCGAUGAACAUGCAGACGAACCAACAAAGUACCAUAUAAAAACAUUUCGAGCUGAUAGUGAAUUUCACAUGAUUGAGCUUCUGAGGCAAAACAAAAUCCACGUCGCUGCUCCUAUAUUCGAGUCCAGAAACCGACGGUACAACGAAUUUUCCUUUUUCAAAAUCACUGAUUAUCCUGGGAGCGGGUUCAUCACUAGUGAAGAUGAAGCCAACAAGCUCAGCCUUGUCUUGGACGCUGUGUUGAAGUCUUGGUCAUUGUUUGCGGUGACUCUGAUACUCACGGCCAUUGCUGGAAUCAUUAUGUGGGCGCUGGUAUGCUUAACUUUGUGUAACUAGAUUAAUAUAGGUAAUUGUAAGAAUGCAAGCUCAUCUAAAGAUUUACUCUGGAAGUGAUAUUUGAAAAGUCUCUCCAAAUUACACGAACUCUUACUCGAGUAUAACUAGUAUAAAAUCAAACGUAAUCAUAGCAAAUC